GGGGUGUGUCACCGGCGACCGUCGGCCCUCGCGUCGUAAAUCCAGAAAGCCGGGGCUUUCUUGAGGGUAGAGGAGGGCACUGGAGCGGUGCCACUUGGGGGGCGGGGAUCGAGCUGGAGUUUCGGCUGUGGUUUGCGCCACAAGUGAGGGAAGACGCCGAGCUUAGGCCGCUUCAGGUCUGCCCCCUCCCCCACAGCAUGGUGGCCGGUCUGGGCGAGGGGCGCGGCGCUGGGCCCCCCGAGUUUCCCUGGGGCUCCAGCCUGGCGGGCCGCACACACAGGGCGCAGUGCACCCCGCUUGUCCUUGAGACAAAGGUGCGAUCCCGUCUCACUUCUGCUAGAAACGCAACCCUUCCACCGUCAGUGGUGAAUGGUUUCCUGGAGCCCACCUUGGAGCUGGAGACAGGUCCCUGAGAGCCGGUGCACCCAGUUUAUUUUGGGAAGACGCCUUGACAGCGUCUGCAUCAACAACUUUGAAUGAGUAACCGAGUCUUCUCUUCCUGCAGCGGCACCUUUCCCAAGAGGCCUAAGGACACUUCUUCUGUCCUCCCUCUACCCCCAACAAAACGUUCAUUUAGGAAAAGGCCCUGCAACUCCCCCUCCCCAGCCUUGGGGGUGGGGCAGGGGCGCACCGAAGGGGGGAGAGGUAGUAAUUAACCAACCGACUUUGACCCUUGAUCUGCAGGCUCCAUGGCACCGCCCAGCCCAGACCUUUAGGAAACUUGAGAAGGAGAGGGCUAUGGGUGAGGGGCCCUGUGAGGUCUGCCUCAGUUUCCCUCCUGAAUAAGCCUUUGGAGAUGGGAGUACAGUGGCGAAGUCUUUGUGGUUUCACCUGCCAGGAUCCAAUGACCUGAGAUGCUGGUGGGAUAUUUCACAGCUUAACCUUACCGUUAGGGGCUGGGCCACUCUUCUGUAGUCUCCUUAAACAAGGGAUUGGGCCCAAAGGCCCUGAUGACUCCAAUGGGGAAACUGAGGCAAAGUCAGCCUGGGCUUCUGCCCACCACAGCCCUACCGAGAGCCAGAGCCAUCAGUGGCUGAACCUCCUUCCUGCUCCCUGGCUUUGGACAUGAGCCUUCGGAACUCCAGCUAUGGUGUGGCCCCCGGGCCCUGUGUGGUGGCCCAGCUGCCCUCUGAAGACUUGGGCUGCCUGACAGAUGCCCAAAGCAGAGACCAGGGCUUCUUGCGCACCAAGAUGAAGGUGACCACAGGGGAUAGUCCCAGUGGAGACCUCUUCACCUGCCACAUCUGUCAGAAGGCCUUCACCUACCAGCGUAUGCUGAAUCGCCACAUGAAGUGUCACAACGACGUCAAGAGGCACCUCUGCGCAUACUGCGGGAAGGGUUUCAAUGACACGUUUGACCUCAAAAGACACGUCCGGACCCACACCGGUGUGAGGCCCUACAAAUGCAGCCUGUGUGACAAGGCCUUCACCCAGCGCUGCUCCCUGGAGUCUCACCUCAAGAAGAUCCACGGUGUGCAGCAGAAAUAUGCAUACAAGGAGCGCCGGGCUAAGCUGUACGUGUGUGAGGAGUGCGGCUGCACAUCCGAGAGCCAGGAAGGCCAUGUCCUGCACCUGAAAGAACAUCAUCCCGACAGCCCAUUGCUGCGCAAGACCUCCAAGAGGGUGGCCGUGGCCCUGCAGAACACUGUCACUUCCCUAUUGCAGGGCAGCCCCCACCUCUGAGUAGCACAGCUCAGGGGUGCUUUUGAGGGCCCUGAGAGGGUCCAGGUUUGGCACACUGCUGCCCAACCAGUCUACCCUCCUGCAGCCUCUUGCCAGAAUACCUGUGAUCAGGACUGGAGCCCCCCCAACACACACCGUGCCUUAGUCUCCCCCAUAGACAGGUGCACUCCUGAGGGCUUGGCACUGACCUCUAUUCCUUUCUGUACAUUUAUCUUAGGAGCAGAGGCCACUUGGGGCAUGGGAAGAUGUGUGGGUCUGGGCAGGGGCAAGACCAAGUGAUUUGAAGCAGCUACCUGCAUAGACAGGUUCCCCUGGCAGUAGUACUUCUGGGGGAUGCAGCAAGAGGAGAUCCUGUUGCCCUUGCUUCUGAGCACAGGGUAAGGGCUUCCGGGUCCCCGGGGACAACAGAAUCAAGAACACUGACAAAGAGCACCCCUGCAAACAACCACAGUGGAGAGCUGGUGGCGGUCCCCACCUGCAGGGCUGUAGCAGGGGACUCUGCCCUCUGACAGAGGCACCCAUGUGCACAGCUGUGUAUGUAUAGUUGCACAUGCAUGGAUGUGUAGCCCUGCUCAGUGUAUGCUAGCACAUGUGUGUACCAGGUAUGUGUGUGGAUGCACACCGGAGGCCUUUCCACAUAUCACCUCAUUUUUGGAAUCUUUUUUUUUUGGUACCAGUGAUCAAACUCAGGACCUUGCGCUUGCGAGGGGGGCGGCAGAACCAUUGAGCUAAUUCCCCAGCCCACAUAUCACCUCGUUUUUAAGAAAUCAAUCAUAUAAAAACAAAAAAGAAAUCAAUCAUAAGGUGCCAAGGAAGUUUCAUUUCCUUUUUUUAAAGAUGACAAAUGUACAGAUAUUAAUAUAUACUUUGGUGCCCAUGGCUACUGUUUUUAAGAGAGGGAUGGAGCUGGCUUUUCUCCACCCCUGUGUGGUUCUAUUUAUCCCGGACAUUUCAAACCUUUUCUGUGCCUUGGUCUAGGGGUGACUGCCUGACCCACCCCCAUUCUUGGAGAUAUUUAACCAAAUGAAGAUCUUCCAUGAGGCCCACUCUGAGGGUUUCUUGUCCUCUGUCUCUCCCCUUCUGCUGGACAGUGCCUCAUUGCUGCUGCCCUUCUGUCCCAUCCUUUCUUUUUUUUGGUACUGGGGAUUGAACUCAGGUCCUUGCGCUUGCGCAGCAGGUGGCAAAACCACUGAGCUAAAUCCCCAGCCCAUGUCCCAUCCUUUCUUGACAAGCCCAGCUUUCCUGGAGAGCCUGUGUGCUUCUGGGGGGCUGUAGAGGCCAGGCAGGUGCAAUGCCAGGUCUCUGAUGCUGAGUCCACUGCCUGAAGUACAAAGGCAAGCACAGAGCCAGGUUGAAGGCCAGCCCUUUGCCUGGGUAAGUCAAAAACCUGAGCAUAGCAGCAAACAAUUGAGAUAGAAUCAUAACACAUCAGAAACUUCCAGAGAGAGGAGAGUCUUAGAUGGUUAACACAUUUUCUUUGUAGCCUUUUUUGUUUUCCAAAUGGCCAGGCUGAGGAUUUGAGUGCCUGUGGAGAAAGGUGUCAUUGUUGGGCUGGUUGGAUUCUCUGAGGGAAUGAGCAGAUUCCCUCAUGUGUCUGGGCUUCCUGUGAUAACAGGAAAGGGUUUGGAUCAGAAGGUGUGGGUCAGAGGAGAUACAGUCAUCCUGCCGGAAAGCAAGACUGAAGACAGCCAUGGAACUUGGCAGACCGGGCAGCCCCUGGAAGCCAAAUCCCAACACAACAAGCCUGGCCUCCCUGCCCAGAUGGCCUGGGGUCUGUACAGACCUGGCUCAAGCCCAGGUCCAGGCUGACCAGAGAGGAAGGAAGCUUCUUGGACUGUCUCUGAACUGUGUAUAGAUUAACUCUGAGGACUUGUUUCAUUUUUCUUUAGUAUGUCUGGGGAGCUGCUAUAUUCUGGAAGUCCUAGAGUGUAAAAUGAUGUUAUCCAGAAGCUGUUUAUGUUUACAUCCCUGUAUCCCUGGGUUCAUUGCCGAUCUGAGGCAGUUGUGAGGCUCUGUGUUGUCUGUCUUAUUUUAUAACCUUCCCUCUAAGUAGUAAAAUCAGAGAACUGUU